AUGUUCAAAAAAGUCCGACGGUCUCCGUUCCAGCGCAGCACCUCUUCGGUCCCCCUCCCCGAACUUUCAACAGCACACAAACAACCAACAUCGACGCAAUCACUCGUGAUGCCCACGCUCACCAUCCGACCCGCUCCGCCUCCUCCAGCGCCUUACCCGUGGGUCUGGAAGUGCCAUAGCUGCCACAGUACGUAUCGUCUGGGCACGACGCGCCGGUGUCUCGAGUGCGGGCACGAGAUGUGCUCCUCUGCCAGUGAGACCACCUCGAGGUCGCGCCAGAGCCCCACAAAGGCAGGCCGCCGCGCCAACAAGCGCCGGCGCACCGGCGGGCCGUGCCGCUCCGAGUUUGACUACGCCGGCUGGGCCGCCUGGGGCGACUGGAAACGUGGGCGCCUGACUGCCGAGGCCAAGGAUGCCGCCUUUGUCGACGGUUCUUAUAGCUGCGCAGACUACUGCGACUACCCGUCCGAGUGCCACCAUACCCGCUAUAGGAUCGCGCAGCAGCGGUUCGAGGCCGACGCCAAGGCGGCGCUAGACAGGGCAGAGAAGAAAAAGAGCGGCCUCGGGAGCAUCGUCGUGACCAACACCGUAACCCAGUUCUUCAGCUCCGCCGCGGAAAACACAAGGUCGGCCGUCUCGUCCUCAGUAUCAUGUGAGGAAGACCCGCCUGCCAGCUUGCUUGAAGCCGGUGAGGGCGAUUCGGAUAGUGACAACGGCUCAGACAGUGAUGAUAGCUCAGGUAGCGACGAGGCUGAUGAGAUACUCUCCAAGUUCAUCAUCGAGCCAUGUCACGAGAAGGCUGUCUAUGAUGACGAUGAGUGUGAGGACGAUGCUAGCUCCGGCCUGAUCAUCCUUGGUGCCAUUCCUGAGCAACUAACAAAGGAUGAAACCAAAGAUCCCGCAUGUGAAGAGCUAGUCAUCGAGUUCGACGAUUAUAGAAUGACCCAAAUUAUGGAAGACGAUGAGGACGAAGACGAAGACGAGGAUGAGGAUUCUCUGAAAUUACAACAACAGCGCCGCAGCUUCUCAAAGGUUGCGCAGCUGACGGGCCUCGAAUCCUUCCUCCCGCUCAACAAUGCCUCAUCGACUUCACUCCCAUCAAAUAUGCACUCGUGCUCAUCCGAGAUAGUCAGUACUCGUGCUCUCUCCUACCCCCUUCCCCCUCUGCGGCCUGAAGGUUCUGACCAUAUCUCAGAUCGGUCCUUGUCGGCCUCGCCGCCCUUCCCUGUUGAGUCUCCUGUUGGAAUGAUGGAGGAUUCUGUGACUGCGUGGUGGGUAGAAUUCGGCCGGCAAUAG